AUGUCAGAUAAAAGGCGACAGGGUACUGUGUUAAGGGCAAAGCAACCAAGCGUACAAAAGAAGCGGCGACGGAAAGCCGAAACUACCUUGCGAUCCCCUACGAUGCCUGUUACUCCAACCGCACGACCCUCCGCUAGCUCUCCAAUCUCUUCCACUUCCCCUCACUCUUCAAAAAUGUAUCCCUCCUCCUACUCUACGCAUUCACGCCAUACAAAGACAGACCACUCAACACCCUCUUCAACUCCUUCACCAGAAGUCGAGGUCGAGCCUAUUAUAACAGAAGAUGAGGAAGAUCGUGAGGACUAUGUCAAAGGUGGAUAUCAUCCUGUACAGAUAGCUGAUACAUUCAAUGAAGGGAGAUAUGUGGUAGUUAGGAAACUGGGUUGGGGGCACUUCUCUACUGUAUGGUUGGCAAAAGAUACACGCCUCAAUCGCCACGUUGCCCUCAAAAUAGUCAAAUCCGCACAACACUACACGGAAACAGCCUUAGACGAAAUUAAACUUCUCCAAAAAAUAGUAAAUACUAAUCACGAAGCACCGGGUAGGCGUUACGUUGUGGAGCUGCUCGACCACUUUAAACAUCGAGGCCCAAAUGGUACACAUGUCUGUAUGGUAUUCGAAGUACUGGGCGAGAAUUUAUUAAGUUUGAUAAAACGAUACGAACACCAAGGCAUACCCCAUCAUCUAGUCAAACAAAUAGCUGAACAAGUGCUUCUCGGACUGGACUAUAUGCACAGAGAAUGUGGUGUCAUUCAUACGGAUCUAAAGCCAGAGAAUGUAUUGGUAUGUGUAGAUGACGUCGAAGAAGUUAUUGCUAACGAAUUAGCAAGGAGCGGGAGACCAUUGGUUACACCGCCAUAUCAGAAAGCUGGAGGCGUUCGCAUUACAACCAGUCAGCCCCUUUCAAUACCAACGCCUGGGACAAUCUCCUCUUUUAAUACAAUACAACUCCAACAACCUCCAUCUAGUUCAUCAAGAUUAAAGACUAAACAAAAACAUAAAUCCAAAGAAGUUUCAAAUGGAGAGCCAAUGAAUGGCUUAGAAGAUACCGUAAAUUCUGAAAAGAACUAUAUUUUAAAAGCUGAUACAGAAACAUCUGAUAUAGUUAGUAGCCCAAUGUCGACCGAUUUAUUGGAACGCAAUUUUAAUGACAUUUCCCUCGUCGACACAUCAAGUCCACGUCAGAAAACGGCAAGUACGUCAAAUACGUCUAAUACGCCGACUAAGAAAUCGGGAUCGAUUAAAAGGCAGUCAUCUGCUACACGGACAUCUAAAUACCUGGCGCCUGCGACAAUUACGGUCAAGAUUGCUGAUUUGGGGAAUGCUUGUUGGGUCGAUCAUCAUUUUACGAACGAUAUUCAAACUAGACAAUAUAGAUGUCCGGAAGUAAUCCUAGGCGCAAGGUGGGGCCCGAGUGCGGAUAUUUGGAGUAUGGCCUGCAUGAUUUUCGAGCUUUUGACCGAUCACAUGGCCCAGAUAAUAGAGUUAAUGGGAAAUUUUCCGAAACACCUGGCGUUGGCUGGCAAAUACUCUUCAGAAAUAUUUAAUAGAAAAGGUGAACUGCGCCAUAUUCAUAAACUUCGCUAUUGGAAACUGGCUGACGUGCUUAGUGAGAAAUAUCUUCUUCCAACAGAUGAAUCAGAAUUUAUGGCGGGCUUUCUAUUACCAAUGUUGGAUCUCAAUCCAGAGAAGCGAGCUAGUGCAAGGGAAGCACUAAAUCAUCCAUUUAUUACUACUAACCGGUGGGAACAGUUUGCUGUCAGGGAGGCAGCUAAGCAUGCCGAGCGUGAGCGAGAAAGAGAUGAGGGGCAGGAAGGAGUUGGAAGCGCUCACGGACGGAAAGAAUUAAAAAAUAUUUCAAUUCGAUGA